AACAGCUAUGUGCAUGAACCUGCUUUACCUUUCCUUUUGGUCUACGCCUUUUAUCUGAAUACUUUAUUGAUAUAUGAUCUCCAGGAGCCAUGACUCUGCACUGGUUAAUAAUUAUACCUGACAGUAUAUGUAGAGGCGGGACACUGGUGAUCUCACUCUCACGCUAUCUGCAACCAUGAGACUCGUAGUCUGUUUUCUUUCUCUGCUCGCUGUGUUCGGUCCUGCAGAAUGUGGGAAUGUUUUAGUUUGGUAUACUGAGGGCAGUCACUGGAUCAAUCUGAAGAUCGUGUUGGAAACGUUGAUUGAAAGGGGACACAAUGUAACAGUGCUGGUUCCGGAUGCCUCUCUCUUCAUGAAAGCUAAAGAAUCGGAUCGCUUCUCCUAUCAGCCCUUUAAAGCGUCCAUGGAUGAACAGGAGAUGAGAGACUUUAUUGAGGAAUUUCUGUAUUUCUCAGUGUAUGAGACCGAUCAGUUAAACUUACUGCAGAUUCAAAUGAAAGUCUUGGAGUUUACUUCCAAACUUCAGGAUAUGUCUAUAUCAUACUGCGACGGCAUUCUGAAAUCGCCAGAGUUAAUGGACAAAUUGCGGAAUGGAAAGUUUAACCUUGUUCUGUCAGAUCCGAUCUACCCAUGCAGCGAUAUUGUGGCUGAAGAGCUGAACGUUCCCUUGGUUUACACGUUCCGAUUAUCCAUUGCUAACGUUGCUGAGAGAAUGUGUGGUCAGUUACCAGCUCCACCGUCAUUUGUUCCUGGAGUCAUGAGUAAACUCACAGACAAGAUGAGCUUCACAGAGCGAAUCAUAAAUAUGCUCUUCUACCUUUCUCAAGAUUUUUUUGCCACUCUUGCUUGGAGAAAAUUUGACAGCUAUUACACUGAAUAUUUAGUUUGGUUUUCUGAUGGCAGUCACUGGAUUAAUCUGAAGAUUGUGUUGGAAACGUUAAUUGAAAGGGGACACAGUGUCACGGUGCUGGUUCCGGAUGCCUCUCUCUUCAUGAAAGCUAAAGAAUCGGAUCACUUCUCCUAUCAGCCCUUUAACGCGUCCAUGGAUGAACAGGAGGUGCGCAACUUCAUUGAGGAAUUUGUUUAUUUCUCAGUGUAUGAGACCGAUCAGUUAAACUUGCUGCAGCUUCUAAUGAAAGUCUACAAGUUUGCUUCCAUUAUUCAGGAUAUGUCUAUAUCAUACUGCGACGGCAUUCUCAAAUCGUCAAAGUUAAUGGACAAAUUGCGGAAUGGAAUGUUUGACAUUGUUCUGUCAGAUCCGAUGUAUCCAUGCAGCGAUAUUGUGGCUGAAGAGCUGAAUGUUCCCUUGGUUUACACGUUCCGAUUAUCCAUUGCUAACGUUCUAGAGCGGAUGUGUGGUCAGUUACCAGCUCCACCAUCAUUUGUUCCUGGAGUCAUGAGUAAACUCACAGACAAGAUGAGCUUCACAGAGCGAAUAUUCAAUAUGCUCUUUUACCUUUCUCAAGAUUUUCUUGCCUCUCUUGCUUGGAGAAAAUUUGACAGCUAUUACAGUGAAUAUUUAGGACGGCCCACUUCCUAUUGUGAGAUGAUGGGUAAAGCUGAUAUCUGGUUAAUCAGGAUCUACUGGGAUUUUGAGUUUCCACGCCCAUUCCUGCCCAACUUCAAAUACGUUGGAGGCCUUCACUGCACCCCUGCCAAACCAUUACCCAAGGACAUGGAGGAGUUUGUGCAGAGCUCAGGGGAUGAUGGGAUUGUGGUCUUCACUCUGGGGUCUUUGGUAGACAAAAUGCCCAAAGAGCUGAGCAAUAAAAUCGCCACCGCACUGGCACAGAUUCCACAGAAGGUUUUAUGGCGAUACGGUGGAGAGAAGCCAGAUACUCUUGGUGAAAACACCAGAAUCUAUAAGUGGAUCCCUCAGAAUGAUUUAUUGGGUCACUCUAAAACCAGAGCAUUCAUCACUCAUGGAGGCACUAAUGGUAUUUAUGAGGCCAUAUAUCAUGGCGUUCCAAUGGUCGGGAUCCCCUUGUUUGGUGACCAGCCUGAUAAUUUAGUUCAUAUGAAAGCCAAAGGUGUUGCUGUUAGUAUAGACAACAUCAAAAGCAUGGAGCCCCAAGACCUGGUGAAUGGUCUCAAUACAAUCAUUAAUAACCCCUCGUAUAAAGAGAACGCUAUACGUUUGUCCAGGAUUCAUCAUGACAGACCAGUGAAGCCUUUGGAUGAGGCUGUGUUCUGGAUUGAGUUUGUCAUGCGCAAUAAAGGCGCUAAACACCUGCGUGUCGAGGCCCACAACCUUACCUGGUACCAGUACCACUGUCUGGAUGUGUUCGCUUUUCUCAUCACUAUCCUGACUGUAGUCCUCUACGUCUUCUUUAUAAUGUGCAAAUUCUUCAUAAUGCGUUGCUGUUUUAGAUCAAAGAGGAAAAGCAAAAAAGAGUAAUGAAGCUUUUGGAAAACCCCUUUUUUGCACUGAACAUUAUGUCUCUCCACCCAACCCAUGGGAUGUCCAUCCUGAGGUCCAGUAGCUGUACUGUUAUUAACCAGUCACUUCAGGGCAACUCAUUUCACUCUGUGACCAUCUUUGAAACACCUCUCGGGUGUUUUGCGAGUGCAGCUCUUAUCUAUUUGAAUGGAGAAACAUUGAAUUCUCUAAAACUGUUAUGAAUAAAUUUCAUAUUUGAAAUCACCAAUGAAUUCUGACAACAAAUGUUUCAUCAAAGUUGUUUAUUUUGCUCAAAUCCCAGUAAAAAAGCUUAUUAUUCAGGUUAGACCAGCCAGUGCACAUGCACAGUCACUGUAGCUCAUGGACGUACCUCAUCACCACAUCCCUCAACUUCAGAUGGACUCUUAUCUUACAGUAAUAAACUAUAAUAGGCUACAGUCAUUCUCAAUCACAAUAAGUCUUCCUUGUUGACGUCACCCUUGCUUUAUUUAACGUACUUUUCUGGAAUGAUCUAUAUUGUGGAAAGCACUGAUACAUACAUUUUUAUAAAUAAAUCUUUAAAAAAUCUUUUUGCUUUUCUGCAGAUAUAUUAUUGUAGUGUUUGUACUAUCUGAAACUGACUUGUUAGGUGUUGCACUUGUUUUUCUUCAUUUGCAAGUCACUGGAUAGAAGUCUGCUUACUAGUGUAAUGUACAUUGAGUACAAUGUAAUGCAGAAUAUAAAAUUUUUAUACAUUAGCAAUUGUAGAAAUAUUUUGCAUAUUAAAAAUGUAUUUCGCAGUCGUCGUAAGUAACGCGUGGCUGUCCCCAGCGGUCGUUGUAAAUCACUGCAACGGGACUUUUAUUCUAAAGGCGUACUGCGCGAUUCAGUAGCGUACUUCACACAUCGCCGCAGUGGACCAGCAACAAGCUAGCGAGCUCUUCCUAUGAUCCUGUCAAUUUUCCUUAUAUGAUCGGUUAAAACCCGAGAUGAUUAGAGAAGGUCUGGUGAUCGAGAGAUUUGCUGCAUGGUUGAUGGUCCUAAAGCGAAUCAUAGUUAAUUUUAGUGUAACUGUUAGAACGGGUAAUUCAUUCAUACAAGUUUAGUUAAAAUCCUGUUUAGUUUUUAAGAUGUAUUGAGGGGAUAACGUUGCAUCAGUAUAAUUAUUAAAAGGCCAAGAUUAAAGAUAAAUUAUGUUGUAUUUAAGAUUAAGUCUUUAGAGCUUCGGAAAAGUUUCUAGUUUCAUAAUAAGAGUGUUGUGGUCAAUGAUGAUGUCACAGAGCUGCGCAUUCUGACGCCACUGAUGUGAAACUGAGACUGCAUGCACUCGCGCACUGCACACUAUUUAAAAUUUAUGCCAAACAAUUUAACUAAUCGACCGAAAAUAAAUGCAAAAUGAAAUACAGAAAACUUGCAUGCCGACCACAGUACUGAAUACUGCAAAACAUACGUGACCCUGGACCACAAAACCAGUCAGGGUCAAUUUUUAUUUUAUUUGAGCCGAAUAGAUAAGCUUUCCAUUAAAGUAUGGU